GGCCCGGGGCGCUUUGCGUGCGGAUGGGCCUGCGUGCCGUGCUGCCCUUGCUGCUCCGCGUCCCCCGGGCGCUUCGCGUCGCUGCCAUGAGCACUGGCACCUUCGCAGUGUCGCAGCCACUCAACUACCGCGGCGGGGCCCGCGUGGAGCCGGCCGACUCCUCCGGCACCCAGACGGCGUUCGAGCCGGCCACCGGCCGAGUGAUAGCUACUUUUACUUGUUCUGGUGAAAAGGAAGUAGAUUUGGCUGUUCAGAAUGCAAAGACUGCCUUUAAAAUAUGGAGUAAGAAAUCUGGCUUGGAGCGGGGCCACGUCCUCCUGGAGGCUGCCAGGAUAAUAAGGGAGCGAACGGACAGCAUCGCCUCCGUGGAGACCAUCAACAAUGGCAAGUCCAUCUUUGAGGCCCGCUUGGAUGUUGAAUCUUGCUGGCAGUGCCUGGAGUACUUUGCGGGCUUGGCUGGGUCCUUGGCUGGUGAACACGUCCAGCUCCCAGGGGGAUCCUUUGGUUACACCAGAAGAGAACCACUGGGGGUAUGCGUGGGGAUAGGCGCGUGGAACUACCCCUUCCAGAUCGCAUGUUGGAAAUCCGCUCCGGCCUUGGCCUGCGGUAACGCCAUGAUUUUUAAACCUUCUCCCUUCACGCCUGUUUCCGCCUUGCUCCUGGCUGAAAUCUACGCUGAGGCUGGCGUGCCUCCUGGGCUCUUCAAUGUGGUGCAGGGUGAGGCCGCCACUGGCCAGUUUCUGUGCCAACACCCUGAUGUGGCCAAAGUCUCCUUCACUGGAAGCGUGCCCACUGGUGUGAAGAUCAUGGAGCUGUCUGCUAAAGGGAUCAAGCCUGUGACCUUGGAACUCGGGGGCAAGUCCCCACUCAUCAUCUUCUCAGAUUGUGACUUGGAGAAUGCCGUGAAGGGUGCGCUGAUGGCCAACUUCCUCACGCAGGGCCAGGUUUGCUGUAAUGGCACAAGAGUGUUUGUGCAAAGGAAAAUUCUUGAUAAGUUUACGGAAGAAGUGGUGAAACAGACCCAGAAGAUAAAAAUUGGAGACCCCCUUCUGGAAGAUACGAGAAUGGGCCCGCUCAUCAACCGACCACACCUGGAGCGGGUCCUGGGGUUUGUAAAGUCGGCCAAGGAGCAGGGUGCCAGAGUGUUAUGUGGCGGAGACCCAUAUGUACCUGAGGAUCCCAAACUGAAAGAUGGCUACUACAUGCGACCUUGUGUACUAACUGAUUGCCGAGAUGACAUGACCUGUGUGAAGGAGGAGAUCUUCGGACCCGUCAUGUCCAUCCUGCCCUUCGACACUGAGGCCGAGGUCCUGGAACGGGCCAAUGACACCACCUUUGGGCUGGCAGCUGGAGUCUUCACCAGGGACAUCCAGCGGGCCCACCGGGUGGUGGCUGAGCUCCAGGCUGGGGCGUGCUUUGUGAACAACUACAACGUCAGCCCGGUGGAGCUGCCCUUCGGGGGCUUCAAGAAGUCAGGAUUUGGCAGAGAGAAUGGCCGGGUGACAAUUGAGUAUUAUUCACAGCUAAAGACCGUGUACGUGGAGAUGGGCGACGUGGAAACUGCUUUUUGAAAAACUGUGGUGAAGGCGGUCCACACCCGGGACUCUCUUGACACGGGCAGUGUGACUGACACCUUUCUCUCUUUCCUCUGCGUGGUGCUGGGUGGGAACCCAGGACCUCGCUCAUGCCCAGUGAGCAUGCUGCCUCCAGCUGCGCCCAGCCUCUGAACACGGGCGCAGGUCCAGACUUUGGGUCAUUCCGGAUGAGAGAAUGGUUGCCUGUUCUUCACCUUUCAGUCACCUUCCUAAUCGAAAGUGCUCUAAAGGGCCACUUAGACACUAAUCCAGAAAGCUUCGAUUUUCCUCACAGCAAAUUUCUGUGAAAUCUUUUAAAAGUCUGCACACUUCCAGAGAACAGGUAGAGGGACCAGGAACAGACCCCACCUCGUGUCAGUAGUUCUAGCCUGACCUUGGUCAUCCUGUUGAGGAAGCUGAGGCUGGGAUGGGGGCUCAGAGUCUGUGGCUGGUGACUCGGGGGAGUAUGUGCCUGGUUCCAUUCUGCAGGGUGCAGGGAAGCUCUGCUUUCUGAACACAAGCGCCUUCAGACACAUUUCCUCUUUGUACCUGGGGCACAACAGUGAAAUUAAAGUGAGUCUGCUGUUGGUC